AUGGCAAACUUGGAAAAAUCGCUGUGGGAGGAAGUGCUUCUUGACGCACAAAAGGUAAUUGAUUUGAACCCUUUGUCGCACGUUGGAUACCGGUUGAAACAUACUGCGCUUCAUGGCGCACAACGCUAUGAUGAAGCUAUCGAGGCCCUCACAAUAAUGCUUGCCACAUUGGACAAUGCUCACGAUAUGCAGAUACGAAAGCUGCGCGAGCAGUAUGUCAGUCCCUCUAAAGCAGAUAGUAUGAUUCAGAAGGUCAUAAAUGAUCAGCUUGACACUGCGCCGCUUCGUCUACUUGACACCACUACCGGGCUUCUAUGUGAUCGAGAAACGCAGAUAAGCGCUUUCAAAACGACCACAGAGUACAAGCAACUUUUCUUAUCGAUUAUGAAGCAUGCGGACCUCCCAAGGGAGAUCAUCGUAGAUGCAGUGUCCAAAUACUUCGGUUGCGCCAUGUUAUCACAUAGAUGGGAAGGAAAGGAGCCGCUACUACAAGACAUCAAGGACAAGGCCGUUUACCAGUUGCAGGCGACCGGUGGUCUUAGGAAGUUGCAGUUAUUCUGCAAGAAAGCUCGCGAGGCAGGGUUUCACUGGGCGUGGGUUGAUUCGUGUUGCAUCGACCAGAACAACAAUGUCGAGCUCCAAAAAUCGCUCAACUCCAUGUUCGCCUGGUAUUAUCAUGCAGCGCUCACGAUCGUCUACCUCUCUGAUGUUCCCCCUUCGUCCAAGUCUGGCGCACUGGCAAAGAGUGCUUGGAACACUCGAGGAUGGACUGUCCCGGAAUUCCUGGCUCCCAGAGUCAUUCUGUUCUACCGACAGGAUUGGACUCUAUAUCUCGACAACGACUCCCACAACCACAAGGAGUCUGUCGAGAUCAUGCACGAGUUGGAGGAUGCGACGGGCGUAGAUGCACGCGCCCUCAUUGCCUUCCAACCGGGGAUGAGAGAUGCCCGAGAGAAACUCAAAUGGGCAUCUACGCGUAUCACUACUGUGGCAGAAGACACUGCAUACUCACUGUUUGGUAUAUUCGGCAUCCAGCUACCCAUCCUUUAUGGGGAGAAUAAGGAAAAUGCGCUCGGGCGGCUCCUGCAGGAGAUAGUGGCUCGAUCGGGCGACAUUACAGCCCUCGACUGGGUCGGACAACCAUCCACGUUCAACAGUUGUCUUCCAGCCAACAUUUCAUCAUAUGCAGCCCCUCCAUGUGCUCUCCCGUCUUUAUCUGAAGACCAGAUUCAGAUGGCCAUCUCCUCCCUGCGUCAUCCUGUGACUGUGGAAUUGGCUUUAAGCUUUUAUGACUGGCUUGACAAUAUGAGCGCUGCUCGUUUCGCGAACCGCAGACUGCACCUGCCUUGCAUAGUGCACCGUGUCAUAGAAGUCAGACGGAGGCAGGAUCUAGCCCAGGAAACUCCUUUUACGUACGGAGUAAAGGCGGAUGGGCUUUGUGACUUGUUGAUCACCACCCAAGAGGCGCUGGUCCAAUUCUCUUGGACAAGGCCCACUCGACAAACAUUCUUGCUUGUCCGUCCAUGGGAUCGUCGUCUUCUUGAGCUGCCUGACUUUGCAGAGCAGCCUGCCUUCGAUAACGACGCGGAAGAUAUGUCCGAUCCCGGGACUCCGUUAGAUCACUCGCGUCGUUCUGCUAAACAGGAACGGAUUGAUUCGGAGCGUCACUCACAAGCAUUGCGAUUGAUCGUUCGCCUUGGGCAGCCAUUCGGUGCAUUUUUGCUCGCACAGCAGCGCGGUGGAGAAUAUAAGAGGAUUGCGUCAGAUCGUGAUAUCAUUGCACAAGUCAAAGACUCUGUUCACAAUGUGACGGAUAUUAGAACCCUAGAAAUAUUGUAG